AUGCCAGUCGGAAGAAGCGCACAUUUUUUCGCUCGAGUCGCUCAAUUUGCGCCGCCGCCUUUGAAGAGGCGCAAUUUGGCCCUCCGUAACCCCUCGCAUUGCAUUUGCACCUCCGCCACAUCCUCUCGCCCCGCAUUCGCGCUCAUCCUCUCAUUCUCUCUCCCUAUCGCGCUCCCCGUCUUCCCUCUCCCUGCCUCUUCCCUUCCCUCCCUGUCUACCUCUCCCUUCAGUCCUCCAUCCUUCGUCCCACCACUUCUCUCUCCCCAGUCUCUAUCCUCCCCAGUCUCCACCCGUCUCCUCAGUCCCCAGUCUAAGGGCUGCCCGUCGUUGGACGCGCUCGCGGACGGCGCGCGGGAGGAAGGGGAGCUGCGCGCGAGCGACUUUGGCGGAGACUUCGUGUUCGGAUUCGCUACAAGCGCCGCUCAGGUGGAGGGCGCAGUGUCGGAGGGCGGAAGGGGGAGAAGCAUUUGGGACGACUUUGCAGAGAGGGAAGGAAAGAUCAAGGACGCUUCAAAUCCGUCAGUCACAGCCGAUCAGUUUCACCGGUUUAAGGAUGACGUGGCACUGCUCAAGGCCAUGGGGGCGACCUCCUACCGCUUCUCCAUCUCCUGGUCGCGAAUCAUCCCUGAUGGCAUGGGAGCAGUGAGCGAGGCGGGCGUGCAGCACUACAGCCGCCUCAUAGGCGAGCUGCUGGCCAAUGGCAUCGCACCAGCUGUCACGCUGUACCACUGGGACCUGCCCUCUCACCUGCACGAGGCACACGGGGGCUGGCUCAACGCGAGCAUCGUGUGA